AUGACGCACUGGAAGCAGGUUCUUACCGCCGAACGGGAUAUGUACACGAUAAUGCUGAACCAGUUCCAUCAGCAACUGGAACUGCGAGAUGGACUCGUGCGCAGCAGCGCAUCGCGAGCGACCACAAUGAAGAACGCAGUUAAGAACAAAAUCCUCGCAUCCGAUGAUGUGCUGAGUAAUAUGCGCGAUGUUGAAAAGCUGUUUGGUCAGGCUCUUUGUGAGCGCGAUGCGGCGAAAACGGCACUGCGCGAUGAAAAAAUGUCAUUUGCCGAAGAGCGCACAAAAAUGAACCUGGAAAUUGAUCGGUUAAAGUGCGCCUGCGCAAACGCGGAAGGCAAGUGUAAUGCACAGUCGAGGCUUGUGUCUGAACUUCGCUCUCAGAUAGAUCAACACCACAGGGAUGCCGAAGAACGGGCAGAGAAACUCGCAAGUCGAGACAUGGUACUGAAAAACGAGCUCCAAACCGUCAAUGAAAAGUAUCUUAAGGAGGUCGAGGUGCUCCAAACUCGCCUACAGCACACCACCGCGUCCUUCAGGGAACAGGAGGAGAAAAGGCAGGAGGAGCACAGGAAGCAACUCUCUGAGUGCCACCUAACUCUCACCCGAGAGCGUGACGAAGCGAUUCUCAAGCAAAAGCAAAGCGAGGUGGAAUUCAAACGAGGCCAGUCUGCCCUCACACAGCAACUUCGGCAAACUGAGGAACAAAUAAAGGCCCUCCAAAACCUUGUCUCGGCAGGGGAAGAUCAAAUCGAGGUCCUCGAAGAGGCCCUUCGUAAGAGCGAGGUCUCGCUCAGAGCUGCUUUAAAUUGGCAAAAAGAGAUGGCGGCGACGCACACUGCGGAGAUCCAGCACAUGAACGAUCCCUCAGGGAGCGAAGAUGCACAGAAUGGCUCUCAGGAUGGAAGCACUGGUAAGCAGGCGAACGCGGCUAUGAGCACUUCAGAAACGCAGGCAAUACGUAAUAAGGAGACGCCGUUUUGUUGGUACACGUUCUUUGGAUCGAGUUUACUCGAUCACCUUGCCGCCUGUCAUCGCCUUGAGGAGAAAUGGUAUCGAAAGAAACACGACCUCCUCAUUCGCGAGCUCAAACGCGAUCUCCCGGCGUCGAGGCAAGCACGUGAUAGCGAGGUCUCACCACAAUCACUUCCAACAAAGAGGCGAAGCUACCACGAAAGCCGUUUUCGAGAUAAAAAAAGCUUGACCGGAGAGUUUCAAAGCUCAGGCGAGGUGGCAAGCGACGGAGGGAGUGAUUCUUUGGGGUUGGAGUACGAAUUAAACGAAUAUAAGCGAAUGGUGGCCUCCCUAAAAGAGGCACUGUGGAAACACGAAGAGGCGCGUCGGAUUGACCAUAGUACUAUUAAUAUACUAAAACAACUACUAAAGCUGCAAAAUGAGGAGGAAAUUUUUUCGACAGGGCAACGUGAUAAUUGCGGAUUGCCGGCGGGGGUGGCGCAGUGGCGGGAAGUACUUUCCCAGCUCACGCCCUCCGCGCCUUUGGAAAACGUCACGCCGCCCUUUCACCUAAGACAAGAGCUGGAGAUUAAUCGCAUCGGCGGCAUUUCGCUAAAUCCUGAAACUCGCGAGGUCUACUGCUGCCGUAAGUCAGAAAAUAAUUCAGUAGACCCUGUGCAGUCUGUGGAAGCCUACCGCAUGCAAUAUGUCGCUUUACAAGCAGAGCUUAAAAAAUCUCUAGAGAAUUCUGAUGAUCUCUUCUGUAGCCUUGAUUAA